AUGACCUGCUCCAUAACUUUCCCCGGCACUGAGAAUCGAAUGGAAGAAAGCAAGGCCUUAUUUAAAACUAUCAUUACAUAUCCCUGGUUUCUGAAUUCUUCAGUUAUUUUGUUUUUAAAUAAAAAAGAUCUUCUAGAAGAGAAAAUCAUGUAUUCCCAUCUAAUUAGUUACUUUCCAGAAUACACAGGACCUAAACAAGAUGUCAAAGCUGCGAGAGACUUCAUUUUGAAGCUGUAUCAGGAUCAGAAUCCAGACAAGGAGAAAGUAAUCUAUUCCCACUUCACUUGUGCCACAGACACAGAAAAUAUUCGUUUUGUCUUCGCUGCUGUCAAGGACACGAUCCUGCAAUUAAACCUGAGGGAGUUUUACCAGUGGCCGUUGUAA